UGGUCUGAGCAAAAUCUCUGGAGACUUCCUCAUAUGACUAAUAAGAGUACACACAGGUUCUGUCUCUCCAUGAGAUUGUGGCUCUCUCACACACAGCAACAGGUUCUCCACCAGACAAGCAGGCUGAUUGAUGCUCCUUCUAACCGCCACUCACUGGAACUGUAAGUAGAGAGAGCAGAAUUAGCACACAAUCCACCUAAUAUCCAAAUCUUGUUCAGCUGCAGGGGUUUACUGUAGGUAAAUGUUUGUAACUUCUUAGAGCUGAUAUAAUUUUUUUUGGUAGUUCACUGGGAUUGUCUUCACUUUGUGUGCUUGAAAGAGAGUUUGGCAAGUGUUCAUUUCAACUACCACACAGAUAGCAGCCAGAGUUCAGUGAGACACGAAGUGUGAUUGUUGUGAAACAGGCAUGGGAAGCCGCAUACUCUCUGCAUUCAGGACUGUGUCUAGUCUUGUAGAAGUGGUGCAGAAUGAGUGUUCUGGUUUGAGAGAGGAUGUGGUUAGAAGUAGAUUGUUCAAACUGUUCAGAGGUAUAAGAUCAACAACCCUGAUCUCACGUGCAAAUGAGUGGGGGUGUAGAGUACCGUACCCAAAUUAUCACUCCUAUAGAGUUGUGCAUUAACUGGCAUGGUAUGCUACUCCAUUAGAGUUAACUUUUAAACUGGGCAAUGUUAGUCUUAGCCUGACAUUUUCUUCCUCAUUCUCCAAGAGGCUUUUAUGAUGUAUCAAUAAACAUUAAACAAGUAUCUUAUCAAACUGAAAACACCACUGCCUUUCAAAGUUGAAUGCAAUCAGGAUGAAAGGGUGCUCUUAAGGAACAGAUGAUGGGGUAGGGCAUACAAGUGAAUGUGUGCAUGUAACUCCACAUGUUAAAGUAGAGAUGAGGAGUUUCAAUGUGUGCUUGUUCACUGUCACCAUGAUAGUCCACGAUUGGUGAAAAAUACAUUCCUGAAGCCUUUAACACUAUCUAAAUAUGUUGAUAACUUGUUGCUAUUCUUAGAUAUAAACUCAACAUUCCAUAGGCCUACCCAGAAUAGAAAGUAAAGGGUGGGGUGAACGGUAUGCACAGUAUGUCACUUUUCUACCUUUUUAUACUCAGUCAUUAGUAGAGUCACAAUUAUUGGGGUUUUCCAGACCACAAAAUGGAGGAUGUGUCUGACUGGACUGGUGUAAAGUAUUUGCAAAACAAAUAUCAUAAAACAUUUCUGUUUUGGUUCAAAGAGAGGAACAUCCUCAUUCAUUCCGGUGGUGUAUAUUUGUUAUGACAACGGACACCACUUGUAUCAGACACUUUAUAAGUUCACCUGAGACUACAGGGGCUUUCUCGACCAGUAUGACUUGAGCGUCUGCCUGCAGUCAUGAUACUGGCGGCGCGAGCAGCCGAUUCUAUUACUGUGCAGUGUGCAAGUAACCACAUUCAAAUUGUCUGAAAGCCCCUGUGACUCCACCAUGCUUCUUCAUGUGUUUACAGAGCCAGAGGUUACCUCACCUCACCCCCUGGCCUUUCUGCACCUGUCAGAUCUUCCAAAACUGAUGCUGUUGUUGUGGAAACCGUGAUGAAGUGAUAGAAAAGGGAGGCGAGGAGGAUUCCCCAACAGACAAGAGUCCUGACAGGAGCCUGGAAGGAGGACACUACUACUUAGACACUGACAGACCGGAGGCAGAGUGCCACACUGAGCCACGAAGCAGCAUGGACCAGCAGCAUGGAAAAGUGGAGCGCUUCCUCAAGCUGGGCUACUCCCAUAGUGACAUUGUGCGUGUGCUGGACAGCCUGCGCCAUGACGCCCAGACCAACGAAAUACUGGAAGAGCUGAUCAAGACCUGCCAAACCACCACUACAACAACCACCACCCCAUCCAUACCAGCCAGCCACUCAGUCCACUCCAGCCCACAGCUCGUCCCCCGAGGCUGCAGCUCUCCCCAGCCCAGCCAGUCCCUACGGCCCAGCUCAGCUACAGACAGGGAUCCCACUUUGGGAUUCAGACCGGUGGUAAUUGAUGGGAGCAAUGUGGCCAUGAGGUGAGUGUACUACUUCAUUUUGGACUAUUGGAAUUUUAGCAUUAAAUAGAUAAAGACAGAGUACUGAAUGAAAUGCUGGCACUAAUGAAGGUAAUGUAGGUACUAAUGAAAACACAAUACCACAUAGCGAUUUAUCUGGUCACCCACAGUACCUGUAUUGUCAGAUAUGCUAUAACAAUAGUGAAAAAACAUGCUUGAAAUAAUCAACAGGUGAUAGAGGGUGGUGUUGACACUAUAGCCGAAACUGAGAGGAACAAAACGAGAAGUUCACUUGUCAUAAAUCAGAUGUUAUUUUUUCCAACACAGAUCACGUGUCUCAAACUAAAGCUGUGUUUUUUUUUGUGGUUUUGUUUUGGGGGGGGGGGGGGGGGGGGGGGGGGGGGAGUGGGGAGGGGAGACUGUUGCUGAACAUUUUAAGGAUUCUACUUCUCAGGCAUACUCACUCCUACUCUUACUCAACUCUGGCAUACAUCUCAGUGACUGUGCAGUUCGCUUACAAAGCAGCCUUUGAUUACUCAAGUCCUGAGUUUCCUUGUCCCUAAAAGUCUCUGUCUGUGGGGGAAAAAAGCUUUAACUCCAAAACACUACCGAAACUUUCUAAGCAACGUACAUCAUUCUACUAAUCAUUGUGUAUUUUCUAUAACUUGCUAUUGUUGUUGGGUUCAGUGCCCUGCCCCAGUGGCUUUAUAAGCCAGCGAGGUCUUUUAUUUGGUGUGCCUACCACUUCCUGAUGGUUGAGUGCAGGGAAACCCCACGCUAUAUAUAGUGCGGUCUGUAUAGGCAAAUGAUCCACUCCCAGUGAGCUGCUGUCAAUCGGGCUGGGAGGCCUUAGUACAAUAGGUCUUAGGCCUAUCUAAAGGCCUGCUGGAAACAUCACACCACCACUAUACAGGAUGCUGCAGCUCACAUGAUACAAGGUUACAAAAGUGUAACAUUAUAUAUUCUCCAAGACUUUCUGUUAUUCCAGUUUAUGGUCAUUUGGAGAGAUAGUUUUCCCUUUAGACUGGUUUCUGGGAUUAAAGGACAAACAACAGUCUCUUUGCUGUGGUUAUGCAAAAGAGUUCACAUGAAUUGGAGUAGGUGAGUCACACAGCUAGCUGGCUUCCUGAAAAGGAAGAAGAGAUGUGGCAGUCAUUUUAGAACUGAAAAAGGGAAGCUCAUUUUUCUACUGUGGCUCCUGUCUUUGCAGCCAUGGCAACAAGCAAGUGUUUUCAUGCCGGGGGCUGCUGCUGGCAGUCAGGUGGUUUUUGGAGAGAGGUCUCCGUGACAUCACAGUGUUCGUGCCCCUGUGGAGAAAGGAGCAACCCCGUCCUGAGGCCCCCAUGACAGGUAGGAGACACACCUGUUAUACUGUCUGACCAGGGCUAGAUGGCACUGUGGAGCCACAGGUCACCAACAGAUCUCAUUAUGGCCUAUUAUAACUGAGAAAUGUUAUUAACACCCGAUGUAGUGCACUACUUUCUUGUCUUUUUAAUGAUAUGAUAUGAUCCAUCAACUCUAUGGAACUCUAACCUCUCGUCAUGUGACCCUGCAGAUCAGCACAUCCUCCAUGAGCUGGAGAAGAGGAAGAUCUUGGUGUACACCCCGUCACGCUGCGUCAACGGGAAGAGAGUGGUGUGCUAUGACGACCGCUACAUCAUCAAACUGGCCUACGAGUCCGACGGCAUCGUUGUGUCCAAUGACAACUACAGAGACCUGCAGAUAGAGAAGCCAGAGUGGAAGAAGUUCAUAGAGGAAAGGCUGUUGAUGUACAGCUUUGCCAAUGACAAGUAAGUCCCAACACUAAGACUCACAGCAUCUAAGAGGGUACCUGAUGCAGGGCCUAUAAGGGGGAUAUAAACCAUUUUCAUUUGGGGUUGGCAUAUAUGAGAGAUGGUAUACCACCUGUUCCACCACCUACACAAUCCCUCCUGCUUGUAUACUUGUAAUACAUCUGUAAUGAAGACAUGACUUCAAGAGUUUUAGCCAUCAUGUUUACAUCAUAUUCAUAUUACUUUAUAUUCAAGGUUCAUGCCUCCAGAUGAUCCUCUGGGAAGGAAUGGCCCGACAAUUGACAACUUUCUGAGGAAAAAGCAGUGGACCUCAGAAAACAAGCAGCAGCAUUGCCCGUAUGGUUGGUAGAUAUUUUACAAUACACACUUUUAUUUUCAGUUUCCUUCCUCAUUCACCUGGGGGGUUUGACUGUAACUCGUCCAAUGUGAGCCAGCUGAACAGGAUUUGAUUUGUAGUUUGUGACUAGUAGUUGGGUCAGUUGUGAUUUCAUUUGGCUGUCUGUCAGUCGGCUGUUGGCAAUGAGAGAGCAGCGCCACUCCAAGGCCACAGCACCACUCACAAACAAAAUACCUUAUUAUCAACACCCAGGAUAAUAGCGCUAACGGCAGGCCUGUCAGAGGAGUACAACGGUCCCUCAUAGCACUCUGCCGUGUACCUAGGGGAACAAAAACAGGCUGGAGACUAGACAUAAUUUGUUUGCUUUGCUAAGUGUGUUUACAGUACUAAAGAAGGGGGGAAGAGCGCUUUAUAGUAAGUGCACUCAGACAGACGCACAUCCUAGUUGACAGUCUCUUUAAAAGAGUUACAGGGUUACAUAUGUGAGCCAUGUUUUGAAAGCCCAUAAAUAUUCCUUAUAUGUUUCUUUCCAGGGAAGAAGUGUACUUAUGGAGUGAAGUGCAAGUUCUACCACCCAGAGCGCUCCAACCAAUCACAGCUGUCUGUGGCAGAUGAGCUUAGAGCCAAUAGCAAACCUGCUGCUCAGACAGACAGGGAGUGGCCAUUUCUCCCCUCAGGCCCCAGGCAGGAGGCCCAUAUCUACACAUCCCCUUAUGAGCUGGAUCACACUACUAAUAAUCUAUACAGAUAUCCAUCCACACCGCCUCCCUUUAGAAAAAAUGAACAUUCCCAUUCCCAUUCCCACAGGGCUUCGCCUAGUGAUCAGUUCACCAGCCAGAGAGAAACAGGCAGCCCAGCUCUACACCAGAAGUCCAGCCUCCGCCUCUGCCCCAGCCCAGACACUGACGAGGCCUUUGGCUCCCUGGAGGCCUCCCUAUCCAUACUUUAUGUCCAGGACCAGACCAACAACACCAAGGGGCCGGAGGUGUCUUACACAUACAGCAGCGGGGUGGCCGGCUGCAGUCAGGGCAGUGGGGACGUCUACCCCUCCAGUACUUACAGCAGCCACAGUCACGGCAGCAACACACAGAGGCUCAGCCUGGGUGGGCCCUCCUCGGGAGUCCACUAUGCCCCCCAAAGACUGCCACAGUGUGGCUGUGACCACUCACAAAGCUGUGAGUGCAGCCAGUGCAUGUACGGCCACCAGCAUCUCCAGCCACAGCUAAGAAAGAGCUCCUAUGCUGUUCACAGUCACCCCAUCCAUUCCACAGAGCAGCUGUACUUUCAGAGUCCUCUCCCACAAAGGCAGAGUCACAGCCUCCCAGAACAUAGCCUGGGACAGGGCCUCUCUGGUGAGAGAGUGGAGAUGACCAGGUCCAAUGCAGGUAAAGCUCCAGAUAGUGAGCAGAGGAGGUGUGUGAAGAACCAGCUGAGCACCCUCUUCCCCCCCAGCAUGGUAGACUAUGUGAUGUGUCUGUACCCACACACCCUCAACAUGUCAGAGCUGGUGCCUCUGAUCCAGAGGUUCAAAACCAGCCACGUUCCCUUCUAACGUGCAAGACCUGUGAUCCUUUCUCUGUAAGCAUUAAACACAGUCAAGUGCAAUGCACUACCGUCUCCUGAAUGAUGCUAGUUCAUUUUGAAUCUAGCAUUGACUUAAAGAUUAUCAAAGCAGCAUGUGUUGUUUUAUCAUGUAGCCUCAAACUGAGGGAAGGUAUUCGACAAAAUGGGUUUUUCCCUGUACGGUAUGCAGAAUAAUACUGUCCUUGUCAUUUGUUUGUUGUCCAUAUUAAACAUAAGUCCUUGAAAAUUGUCUGAUGAUCUGUCUCCUUUACCAAUUUACACUGCCAAGUUUCCUGAACUUUAUCAUACCAACUAU